AUUUUUUUCUCAAGUAUUCUAGCUAUUGUAGCGCCACCUAUUUAUGUUUUUAUGUCAGACACUUUUUGGUAUAUGGAGAUUUUGUUCCUUGCACCUUCCUUAGAACGAAUGUUUGAUAUGUCACAUUAUUUAAGAAUUAUUUUGCUUAAAAUUUUUGAAAUGUAUAAGUGUUGGUGCAAUAAAGAAUAUUUACUUACUUUUUCGUGGAUUCUUAAAGGGGAAGUAUCUUGUAGCAACAUUAUAGCAAUUAAAUACCAGUCACUUAUACAACUCCUUAGGUUGAAUGGACAAUAAAUUGCGUGCUUAUAUUUAUGGGUGUAAUUACAUAAUAACUUGAUUAUGGCAAUUAUUGGCACUAGCUACCUGCUACUAGCAUAGUGCUGCAUUGAGGGAUCCUUCUAAACCCUAAAAAUGAUAAGACUAAAACCUCAUGAAGGUAUUAAAACAUUACCCAAGUUCGAGACCUAUAACAAUGACAGAAAUAACACCAUCCAGCAAGUAGAAAAUAACAAGAUAGAGGAAUAUGAAUUCAAAUGGCAAGAGAAAGCAUUCAGUUUGCAUGAAAUACAGCGGUACAGUGACAUACAUAACUGUAUUUCAGAAAAUGAAUUGUCAUACCAUGAUUUGUUAGAAGAAACGGAUUACCAGCCUGACAAAGUAUUUACAUAUAUUCAUCAUGACUACCAUUUACCAAUGCCAGUAAAUAAAAUUAAAAAGUCAACUAGUGGCUCUGAUAUUCUAAAUUUGAAUUCAUGCUUUGAAAAAUUGAAUUUGAGUGAAAAAGUUUUUAGAGAAGAUACAAGCUCUAUGGCACAUUUGUUUAGAAGUGAGGAAAGUAUUGCCAGUGAGGAAAAAUGGACUUCUAUGCAUGUUAUGUAUGACAACUCUGAGUAUAAUGAAAACUCACAACUACUCCUAAAGCAAGAGAUCACCCUCCUAUCUCUCUACCAUAAUGUAUCACAGAACUACCUGAUUGUGUCACCGGACGUGAACAGCCUGGACUUGAACCCGUACCAGCUGGAGCAGGGGUAUGAGUAUGCCGUUGAUGUGGAGUUUGAAAGGAUGGAUGGAGAAGAGUUACUAGUCCUGUUAAAAAAAUUGUCUAAGAAAUGGGAAAAACGCCACAAACAGCUGUUGAAGUUUGUUAUGCCCCCACUCGGCAGGAGACACCAUCAUGUCACCCUGGAGAUCCUUUCGGCGACCGAUUUUGAUUUGGACAAUUUGUAUGUGGAAUUUUAUAUCAAGGUGCCUGAAGAAUUGCAAUGUUCAGACGCACUACACGGAAGAACGCACAUUUCCAAGUCUAACACAAAUGAUAGUGAACAGAAAUAUUGGAGUUUCGGACAUUUGGUGGAACUCACAUUAGAUGGGCCUUUGAAUACAGACACACCACCUCUAAAACUCUUCUUCGAGAUCAUCUCCACCGACUGGUGGGGCCGCCAACGGACCGAAGGUUACUGCUAUCUCCCUCUAACACUGCAGCCCGGCCGUUACAGCAGGCAGCUGUCCUGCUCGCGCCCUGAGGAGUUGAACCAUGUAGCUGCUGAGAGUAGGAGGUUUUUUGUAGGGGGGUGCCAUUUGAUUAAAGAUUUGGAGGUGCUGGCUAAACCUCAGUUACAGGACGCAAACUUCAAGUUCACCACCACCGGCACCCUCUCCGUCCGCUGGUCCACCAUCACCCAGUCUCCCCUGCCUGGGUUCAAAACUGCCCCCAGUCAAGUUUCCCACGCGUCGGCGUUAUUGAGAGGGGCCGAGGCGGUGUUGAGGCAGUAUAAAAGAGCGAGGGAUAGAUUAGCCGAGGCCACUAGAGAUUUAAAUGGUGUUCAGGAGACUACUUUUGGGUCCGAUGAUGAUUAAACAAUGUAGUUAUUGAAUGUAUUAUAAGGUGAAAUGUAAGGCUGAGCCAAUAACAAUAUCUAAAGAAUUAAAAAUAAAGAAUGAUAUAAAUCUGA